AUGUCGCUGAACCAAGUCUGGGAGGCAGCCUCCGCAACCCCUUUCAACCCAAUUGUCUCCAAGGAUAACCAAUUCGCUGUUGGCUUUAACCUGCUCGUUUGUGAUCGCUCAUUUGCGAGCCUCUUCACCCUGGGCCUUCCAUCUGCACUAGCAGCUGGAUUCGGAGCUGUUUUUAUGAUCUGCGCCGUGGGAGUUUAUGUUUAA